UGGCAGGGGCUUGGAGAGUCUGAGAAGCCAACUGGGGCCAAGCAAGUUUUAGAACCUCUACUGGCUGAUGCCAACAUCAUCAGAGAUGAACUGUUCUUACCAGAAACUUCUCUGCUCCUGACAGCACACCUCUCCCCAGAAGAGAAGAAGGAGAGUGGCCACGUUGAUUCAGCCAAGCACCUCCAGGAGGUCCCCUCUGGAUGUCCUAUGAGGCUGCCUCUCAGCCGCAGCCCAGAGCACAUGGAGAUGGCUUUGCUCAGCAACAUCCUAGCGGCCUAUUCCUUUGUCUCAGAAAAUCCUGAGCGAGCAGUUCUGUACUUUGUUUCUGGCGUGUGCAUUGGGCUGGUGCUGACCCUGGCUGCUUUGGUGAUAAGGAUCUCUUGCCACACAGACUGCAGGCGGCGUCCCGGGAAGAAGUUCCUGCAAGACAGAGAGAGCAGCAGCGACAGCAGCGACAGCGAGGACGGCAGCGAGGACACCGCGUCCGAUCUCUCCGUGCGGAGACACCGCCGCUUCGAGAGGACUUUGAACAAGAACGUGUUCACCUCCGCGGAGGAGCUGGAGCGCGCCCAGCGGCUGGAGGAGCGCGAGCGCAUCAUCAGGGAGAUCUGGAUGAAUGGCCAGCCCGAGGUGCCCGGGAACAGGAGCCUGAACCGCUACUAUUAGGGAGCAGCAGGACCCCGGAAACCACUGGAGGCCGCCUGGAAAGGAGAGCAUCUGCAGGGACAAUGGGCACAAGGAACUGAACCCAGCUCUGCUAAUAUUGUGAUUUCAGAGAAAAAGCAGGACAUGCCCCUUUUCUAGCCAGGAGGAUUGCUCCUUUUUGGCCAAAUGUAUGGAGAAGUAGAAAAAUCAAAGCAGUUCAUCAACCUUUCCUGGUCUUGGAAUGGUGCUGAAAAACCCUCUCCAAUACUGUGGAUGGAGAUUGGAGAAACGCGACUGUGGUUUCUCUUGAUUUCUGAGGAUCUCAGAAGUUUCAGCAGACUUCCUUGCUCUGUGUUAUUCCUUUGCAAAAGGAAAGAUCAUUAUAGCAUGAGGGCUGGGAAUAGCAGGGUGAACUUAACCCAGUAAAUGCAAUUUCCUAAAUGACUUCAUGCUAUGGAGGUGAUUCUGAUUCAAAUAGCAUGAUCCAUGCUUAUUAUUUAAGGCUGAUUUUUAAAAUCUUGUGUUGCAAGGGCAACCUCGUCCAUUUUAACUGGCACCUCAGGGAUUAAAAUCCUAUUUUUUAGUGUAGUUCCCACCUCAUUCAUGAAAAUGAAUAGAAUUAUUGUAUUAUGGGAGAUGUGUCAGUGAACUAGAAAAUGUCAAUAACCUCAAAGGAUGAAGGGUUUUUAUUUUACAUAGUUUAUAAAACAUAUAUUGACAUGCAUAUUUGAAAAUGCUGCAUAAAAAUAAAAGUGGUGUGUUUUCCCCCUCUUUGGAGACAAGAAAAUUUUAUUAUGACUCUAGAUAAUUGUGAUUUUAAACACUUCGUUUUUUUUUUUUUUUUUUUAAUUUGGAUUUCAAAGAAAAGAAUGGAAAUAAGAGGUAAGGAUUAAAGCCAAAAAGUUAGGAUGGGAAUAAAAAAAAAAGUUACAUAAAA